AUGGCUACGAAUGGCGAUGCAGGCCGAGGCUCAGGAAGCUUGGUCGAUGCGUCGGGGUACAAGUUCUCUGAGAAAGAUACCAAGCCCGGCAAGAUCAAGGUGAAGAAGACAUCAAAGGCCUCGGCCAAGAAGAAAGCAGACGAUGCGAAAGACGGUCCCAUCGACAACUCCCCAACAGACUCGCCUCUCCCCACGCUGGAUGAGAAGUUGCUGGCCUCGUUCCCAACCGGCAAGCCACGUGAGGAGGACCUUCUGGAGACAGUGAUCUGCAAGCACUGCAAGCGACCCAUCCUAAAACAAGUUGCCCCCGCGCACCUGCGCGACUGUUUGAAAGCGAAACAAGAGAAAGCGCGGAAGAAGAAAGAAGCCCGUGAGGCACGCGACCGCGAGAAGGCCGUUGGCAAGGAUGGGGAGGACGACAAGGCGGACGCAGCCGAUGACGCCAUGAAAGGGCAGAAGAGCGCGAAGAAGAGCGCUGUUAAGGGCACGACCGAGGACGGCACGAAGAAAGGCAAGAAGCGCAAGGCCGACGCCGACGACGACAAGGACAGCAAGGAACCCAAGAAAAAGAAGAAGAAGGAUGAGCCCAAGGCCAAGGCUGCUAAACCCAAAGGUCCCGUCGAUGUCGAGAAACAGUGCGGUGUUACCCUCCCCAACGGAGCGCAGUGCGCCCGCUCUCUUACUUGCAAGAGCCAUUCGAUGGGCGCCAAGCGUGCGGUCCCCGGAAGAUCGCUGCCGUAUGACAUGCUGCUUCAGCAGUAUCAGAAGAAGAACCAGGCCCGACAGCAGAAGGCUGCCAUCGAUGCGAAUGCUCCGCUCCAAGAAGAUCUCGAGAACAACGGCCCGGUCGACUCUGACGAGGAGAGAGACUCGGUCAUGGCCGCGAUUGCUCGUUCAGCACCCCAACCCUUGGUCACCCACCACCUGAUCACCACGAAGAAAAAGUACAAGUAUGUACGAGUCAAAGAGCAAAUGCUGCACGCGAUGGGCGGUCGUGGCGGCGGUCUCUUUUCAACAGACGACAGCCAGCCCCUGCUGGGUGGGAAUAUCUUUCAACCCGUCGAUGCCACCAUGGCCUCCUCGUCGCCGAUGAUGCCCACCGGUGACGAAACCGGCACUCUUGCUGUUACUGCCGGUGAUAUGAACAAGAAGGGCCCCGUCCAAGCUGCUCGCAAGACUCCGGUAGCGGCAGUAUCAUGA